CAGGAAUGAGAAGUGAAAGGUCAAACAUAUGAAAAGACAUGUGUCCAGCUUGCAAAAUUCUAUUCCAUACCUGUUCUACAUAUAGUCCCAAGAUAUCAGUGGACAGGCCAUGGCUCCACGGUCUCGGCGACGAAGGCACAAGAAACCCCCCUCAUCAGUGACUCCCAUGGUUGUGACCCCACCCACAGUUGUGACGCCUUUGCCUCUGAGCCUCUCAAAACCUGGCCCUAGCAUUGAUGCACUUGGCUUCUUCUCCUUGGAGAAUAACGUUCCUGGCCUAUCCCAGCUGAUCCUUCAAAAGCUGAAUAUGAAAAGCUAUGAAGAAUACAAGUUGGUGGUAGAUGGGGGUACUCCUGUGUCAGGCUUUGGAUUUCGAUGCCCUCAAGAAAUGUUCCAGAAGAUGGAGGACACAUUCCGAUUCUGUGCUCACUGUAGAGCACUCCCUAGUGGCCUCUCAGACUCCAAGGUCCUCCGGCAGUGCAAGAGGUGCAGAAAUGUCUAUUACUGUGGUCCAGAGUGCCAGAGGUCAGACCGGCCAGUACACAAGAGGGUUUGUCAAGAGCUGCGUCUUGUAGCUGUGGAUCGUCUCAUGGAAUGGCUUUUGGUCACAGGUGAUUUUGUCCUACCCACAGGACCUUGGCCAUGGCUGGCUGAAGUUGUACAGGGCUGGGACACCUGGUUUUCUAUGCGGCAUUUACAACUAGAUGCUACACUGGAUGCUGCGCUAGGUAGUCAUGCCAUGACCACCCUGUGGGCCAGUGUAGGACGGCCAAGGCCAGACCCAGAUGUCCUACAGGGCUCUUUGAAGCGGCUGCUGACAGAUGCCCUGUCACGGCCCUUGACGCUGGGCCUUGGGCUUCGGGCCUUGGGGAUAGACGUUGGGAAGAUUGGGGGAAGCACAGUGCAUGUGGUUGGUGCUUCCCAUGUGGAGACAUUCCUCACUCGCCCUGGGGACUAUGAUGAGCUUAGCUACAUGUUUCCUGGACACCUUGGCCUCCGUGUGAUCAUGGUGGGUGUAGACGUAGCUGCUGGCUUUUUACAGAGCACCUCAACUUCACCCUUGGAACCUGGUACAGUUCAGCUUAGCAGUCAUAGGGGCCUCUAUCAUGACUUCUGGGAGGAGCAGGUAGAGACUGGACAGAUCGCCCGUCCAGAUUUGGUGGUGGCAUUCCAUCCAGGUUUCCAUGCUUCCCUGGACUUGAUGGAGGCUUGGCUGCCCACCCUCCUGCUACUUCGUGAUUAUGAGAUCCCUACAUUGAUUACUGUUUACAGCCAUCAGGAGUUGGCAGCCUCUUUGCAGAUUCUAGUGGAUCUGGAUACACACAUCACUGCCUAUGGAGCUAACCCUUUUGCGUCCCUCAAACCUGAACAGGUCUAUUCCAACCCCAACAAGCAGCCAGUAUACUGCAGUGCCUACUGUAUCAUGUUUCUUGGAAGCUCCUGCCAGCUGGAUAAAAGGCAAUUGGAAGAGAAAGUAGAUGGUGGGGUUUAAAUAGCUUAGCCAGAUCCUGACUGGAUGUCUAGAAAAUGGGGAGGUUGUGACAAAACUACCCUGCUGAUGCCAGGUUGUUUGCCAACUUUGAAACCUGCUAUAUUCUAAACCUCAUUUGCUUGUCCAGGUAAAGAUUCUAA